UUUCCGUUUGAAGUAAACGGUUUCAGUAAUACACCCCUGAAGAAGAACGCGACUUUUUUACUGACGCUGUGGGACGUGAUAUUGCGGAAGAUACACACACACGCCACAAAUGAACUCUGGCCUACACACACAGCAAAGCACGUUGGUGGGUGUGAUAACUGCGGGCUGAAGUCUACAGCGGCGCUUGCCUGUCAGUGCCAGUGACGUGGAGAGGCAGAAGUCAAGCAACUCUUCUGAUUUCUCAAGACAAUAGAAGAUUCGAAAUAGGUAUUUAUUGUCGACUUGGCAUUGUGGGAAACCUUUAAAAGUGGACCUUAUUGCGCCAGCGAACGAAGCACGUGGCUUCACAGGGAGAGGGGAAAAUGCAAAAAAGCUUGUCAGUGUAUGACAGUCAUGGCUCAACAUUUGCACCUCUGGUGGUCAUCGAGUUGGUUUCAGAAACCAAAGAGGAAGCCAUCGCAUGGUUACUAAACAGGGUCAGAGACAAGCAGCAAGAUGGAGGGGCUGAGCUGCUGGUGGAGCAGCUGACUCCAGGGGCCCAGGGCACGGAGAAGGACAACCCCAAUGUGUAUGUUGUGGGGGCCUCCUGGCAAAGGCUUCUAUACGGAGCUGAGGACGUGGGCCUCUUCAAGGAGUUCAACGACGGCUCCAUGAGAGGCUUCACGUAUGCCAACAAGCACAACUUCAAAGAGUUCCAAGGUGAUGGGGAUGGUUUUCUGAGCAUGGCAGAGUGUCAAUACAUCAUAAAACAUGAACUGGACAACCUGAGGGCCAAGGAUGAGGCCCAUGUGCCUGGAUAUCCGAAGAUGAAACUGUAUCCAGGGAAGUCAGUCAUACGCAGAAUGCAAUCAAAGGGGAUCCUUGUCCAAGUUUUCCCUCUGCAUGAGAAGGAGGAACUCAAAAGGCUUUCCUUUUCCUGGUUCAAAAAGAUCAAGUUGUCCUUCCAGCCUCUUGAUGACAUCAGGCACUACUUCGGUGAGGGUAUGGCACUCUACUUUGGUUUCCUGGAGUAUUUCACCUUGGCCCUGAUCCCCAUGGCCCUCAUAGGCAUACCAUACUACCUCUUCGACUGGGAGAACUACGACAAGUUCACGGUGUUCGCCGGCUUCAACCUGGUGUGGUGCACGGUGAUCCUGGAGUUGUGGAAGCGCCUCAGCGCUUCGCUGGCGUACGGAUGGGGCACCCUGAGCAGGAAGAAAGCCUUCGAGGAGCCGAGGCCGGGUUUCCACGGCGUCUUGGGCGUCAACCCCGUCACGGGGCGGGCGGAGCCACUCUACUCAAACGCCAAGCGUCAGCUGAGGAUCUACCUGGUGUCUGUUCCCUUUGUGCUGCUGUGCCUCUACCUGUCUCUGUAUGUCAUGAUGAUCUACUUCGACAUGGAGGGCUGGGCCUUGAUGAUCCAUGAUGAGGAGCCUACCUUCUGGACAGGACUGCUACUUUUUAUCCCCAGUAUUAUCUACGCUGUGGUUAUAGAGAUCAUGAACCUCAUAUACCGCUAUGCUGCAGAGUUCCUCACUGGCUGGGAAAACCACAGGCUUGAGUCAACAUUUCAAAAUCACCUGGUCCUUAAAGUACUGGUGUUCAACUUCUUCAACUGUUUUGCCUCCCUAUUCUACAUUGCCUUUGUGAUGCAGGAUAUGGUGCUUCUCAGACAGAGUCUGGCCACGCUGCUGAUAACGUCUCAGAUCCUGAACCAGAUCAUGGAGGCCUUCCUGCCCUACUGGCUCCAGAGGAGGAGAAACAAGAAGGCCCAUAAGAGGAUGAUAAAAACCAUGGAAGACAAGGAGCUGCCCCUCUCUGAGCAGGUCAAGCUGGAGGCAGACAUGAGCACCUACCUGGGAACAUUUGAUGACUACCUGGAGCUGUUCCUGCUGUUUGGCUAUGUCAGUCUGUUCUCCUGUGUCUACCCUCUGGCCGCGGUGCUGGUGGUGCUCAACAACGUCACAGAGGUCUACUCGGAUGCCUUCAAGAUGUGCAAGGUGUUCAAAAGACCCUUCUCUGAGCCUGCAGCCAAUAUAGGGGUGUGGCAGCUUGCCUUUGAGGCCAUGAGUGUGAUCGCCGUGGUGACCAACUGUGCCUUGAUUGGCAUGUCCCCCCAAGUCAAGUCCUAUUUCCCAGAGUCAGAGACACAGCUCAUAAUGUGGGUGGUGGGCUUCGAGCACUUCCUGUUGGCCUCCAAGUUCAUCCUGGCCUUUGUGAUCCCAGACGUCCCCAAACACAUCCAGAUCAAACUGUCACGUCUGGAGUUUGAGUCCCUGGAGGCUCUGAAGAAAAGGAAAAUGCUGGAGGCCUCGGGGAUCCCAAAGACUGAUAAGUGAUGAGAAGAGCAGAGGCCGAUGGUUCAGAUACUGAACCAUGAAGAUGGUCUAAACUCCAGAUGGAACAUGCCCUCCCAACGGAGAAAGAUUCACAUAGACUGUUUUCUUUACAACACCUCAAUUAGCUCAAAGCUUAUUUAUGCAUAAAAUAUCCAAAAGUAAUUUUCUUUUUAUAUAUAUAUAUAUAAACGGUUGGUUGUUAAACCUGGUUUGAUGCUCUUAACCUCUGCACUGUUGCCAGGUCUUUCUGUUUGUUUUGAUGAGUGUAGUGUAUUACCUGCAGAUGUCUAGAGAACAUUACUGUUUUGAUGAGUGUAGUGUAUUACCUGCAGAUGUCUAGAGAACAUUACUGUUUUGAUGAGUGUAGUGUAUUACCUGCAGAUGUCUAGAGAACAUUACUGUUUUGAUGAGUGUAGUGUAUUACCUGCAGAUGUCUAGAGAACAUUACUGUUUUGAUGAGUGUAGUGUAUUACCUGCAGAUGUCUAGAGAACAUUACUGUUUUGAUGAGUGUAGUGUAUUACCUGCAGAUGUCUAGAGAACAUUACUGUUUUGAUGAGUGUAGUGUAUUACCUGCAGAUGUCUAGAGAACAUUACUGGAUGUGAUUAAAACAAACAUGAAGACUAGCCUCUAAACUAAAGAUUCAGAUCUGACCAGAGAACAAGACUUUAUGUUAAUGUCCUCCGGAAACCACUGUUGGAAAUGCAUUGCUACGUACCAAAUGUAAUGUUAAGGCAGGGCUUGACAUUCAGGUCAAAUGUAAUGUUAAGGCAGGGCUUGACAUUCAGGUCAAAUGUAAUGUUAAGUCAGGGCUUGACAUUCAGGUCAAAUGUAAUGUUAAGGCAGGGCUUGACAUUCAGGUCAAAUGUAAUGUUAAGUCAGGGCUUGACAUUCAGGUCAAAUGUAAUGUUAAGGCAGGGCUUGAACAGCUAGUGAUUUUAUCUUUCAUUUGGGCUGAGCAAGUAGCCUACAGGAUUUAUACAGACAUUGGGAAGUCAAAUUCAAUGAUUUUUCAAGCAAUUAAUUGUAAUUUUGAAGGACUUCCAUUUUAUAUUGAAUUGUCAAAGCCUAUCGAAAUAAAUCCCCUCAAAACUAGUAAGCAAAAAGUAUGCAUAACAACUUCGAGAAUAAUGCAUGUUUUAUUACGACUUCCACAUGGCAUUAUGCAAUGACAUAAACAUACUUUACAUUCUAAAACCUGUCAGAAUAAUGCAUGUUUUAUUACGCCUUCCACAUGGCAUUAUGCAAUGACAUAAACAUACUUUACAUUCUAAAA